AUGGCUCCGUCAGACACGAGCCAAUCUCGGCCUCCCACGGAGCCUGUCAUAACAUCUUUUUUAUUGGGCAAUUUACACUGCCCAACAUGCGUCUCUGCCAUCAAAGAGGUCCUGCAUGCGUCGUGCAGAGACAAGAUCAGGUGGGUGUCGCCCAACAUUGUGACGGCUGUUGUUACCGUAGAACACGACCUGGACGCCCCAAUCAGCACCAUGGCCGCCGAGCUUUCAAGAGCAGGAUUCGAGAUUUGCGGUGUAACCACCUCCGCAGGUGACAGAACGACCCAGGAGACACACCUCGACUCGGAAGCCACAACUGCAGCUAUUACCAUAUGUGGUAAGGAAGCUACAAGCAGUCGACAUAAAGGGAAGCAACCUGCCGCAUCAUCAUGGCUUAGGACGCCACUGUUUGGCCCGAAGUCGUCUGAGAUCGAUGCGCACUUGAAGAACUGCGAGGAGUGUCGCGGAAAGGGUGCAGACCCAUCUAUUAGGCCUGAUCCGAUCCCUAGUGCACAGCAUACGGCCCGCAACUUGGGUGCGGUCACACGGCCCCCAGUGCCGUCGAGGGCCAGGAGCAACAACGGCGAAUCAUCUUCAUCCUCAGCAUCGUCAUCGUCAUCGGCCCCCUCAUCACCACCAAUCAUGUCUAGCGAGAUUUUUGCUUCGCCAAAUCUUGACGAUGAGCCAAUAUGGAGAGCUACCGUUGCUAUUGGCGGCAUGACAUGCGCAGCAUGCUCGAAUGCAAUCACAAAAGAGCUCAGCAAAAGGGAUUGGAUAUCCAAUAUUGCCGUUAACCUCAUAACCAACAGCGCAACCGUUGACUUUGCAGACCGAAGCAAAGCUGACAAGAUCGUAGAUGAGAUCGAGGACCUUGGAUACGACGCCGCGAUCGAUACCAUCAUAAACUUGAAGGAGGAGAAGACGGAGCAAGAAGAACGGACUGUGGAGAUCUCAGUAGAGGGCAUGUACUGCGACCACUGUCCUCGACGGACGAUCCAGAACCUUGAGACAUUUGGCCUGCGAUACAAGCUUCGCGUGGAGCGAGAGCCAACACACCAACACCCUAUCAUGAAGGUCACGUAUGUACCAAGUUCUCCCGACUUUACGAUACGUCGAAUUCUUGCCUCGAUCGAGGCCAGCGACCCGGCAUUCAAAGCUUCGAUAUACCAUCCACCGACGCUUGAGGAACGAUCCAAAGAGAUUCAAAGAAGGCAUUUGAGACAAGUAUUUUACAGAGUUAUAUUCACUGGGAUACUUUGCAUUCCGACGUUCGUUCUCGGCAUCGUCUACAUGACCCUUCUGCCAGACAGCAAUAUGGAAAAGCACCACCUGAUGAUGCCCUGGGUCGCGGGUAUCAGUCGGCUUCAAAUGGCACUUUUCAUCCUGGCGACACCGGUUUACUUUUUCGCCGCCGAUAUGUUUCAUGUGCGAGCCUUCAAGGAGAUCUGGACGCUCUGGAAACCCGAAUCUCGGACGCCAAUUUUGCAACGUUUCUACCGGUUCGGGAGCAUGAACACGUUGAUGUCUCUGGGUACCACUAUUGCCUACGUCAGCUCCACAAGCCAGUUGAUUGCGGCUGCAAUCUACAGGCCCAAGGAAAUCAACGAUGCCAAUUUUUACUUCGAUGCCGUCGUUUUCCUUACUUUCUUCUUGUUGCUCGGCCGGCUCAUUGAAUCCUACAGCAAAUCCAAGACUGGGGAUGCCGUCGAGGCGCUUGCGAAAUUGAGACCAACCACUGCCAUCCUCAUCGAGCAGAGUACAGACAGUAACGGCCAGCGACAGACCGAGGACGUUGUUGUUAAGACGGAGCUGCUGGACUUUGGAGACCUCGUGCGCAUCCCACACGGCACAUCACCACCAGCCGACGGAAUCAUCGUGCAGGGCGCUACCAGCUUCGACGAGUCAAGCCUGACCGGAGAGUCUCGACCGAUCAAAAAGGGGCCAGGCGAGGAAGUCUAUGCCGGCACAGUCAACAAAGCUGGACCUGUGGUAAUACGCAUAACGGGCGUAUCUGGCAAUUCCAUGCUGGAUCAAAUCGUUCGCAUCGUACGCGAGGGCCAGACCAAGCGAGCGCCAAUGGAGCAGCUUGCCGACGUUCUGACGACGUACUUUGUGCCGUGCGUCACGCUUGUGGCUGUUAUCACCUGGUUGACGUGGCUCGCGAUCGGACUCUCGGGCGUGAUCCCAGGUCAUUUUCUGGACGUCACAUCAGGCGGAUGGGUUUCAUUCUCCCUUCAGUUUGCCAUAUCAGUAUUUGUUGUCGCGUGCCCUUGCGGCCUCGCGCUUGCGGCCCCGACGGCCAUCUUUGUAGGCGCAGGCCUCGCGGCCAGGUACGGCAUUCUUGCCAAGGGUGGUGGCCUCGCCUUUGAGACGGCUAGUCGGAUCGACUGUGUUGUGUUUGACAAAACUGGCACCUUGACAAUGGGCGGUGAGCCCAAGAUUACAGAUUCCAAGUUUUUGGAUGGCGAGAGGGGCGAGUUUACGGUGCCCAAGCCCCUUAUCAUGGCUGCCCUGAAGGCCAUCGAGGAGAACAGCAGUCACACAAUCGCCAAGGCCAUCGUCUCGUAUUGCUCACUCCAGCCUCUGCCAACCGGUCAAGUCGAGGAUCUCCAAGAGAUACCUGGCAAGGGAAUGCGUGCAGUCUUCACACCGAACGAUGGCUCUGCGCCAUUUGAGAUGAUUGUGGGCAACAAGGCUCUGAUGGAACAGUUUUCCGCUACCGUGCCUUUGUCUCUUGAUGCGACGCUGGCAGGCUGGACGGCCGGUGCGAAUUCGAUUGCCCUCGCAGCUGUCAAGCAAAUUUCGGAUAAUGAAAUCGUGGACCCAGAGUCCAUAUUCCGGUCUACCUAUUCGGUUCGAGGCGCCCUCGCAAUCUCGGACCCAAUCCGGCCCGAGUCGGCAGCCGUGAUUGCGGCGCUUCAGUCGCGAGGCAUCCAGGUCUACAUGCUAUCCGGAGAUAAUGCUGCGACGGCGCGGGCGGUCGGCAACAGACUGGGGAUUGAUGUCGAGCAUGUUCUGGCCGAGGUGCUCCCGGCGCAAAAGGCUGACAGGAUCAAAUAUCUGCAAAGCACCCUCAAGGCGCAGAUCGGUGGCAAGAAGGAGUCGACGACCAGGAGAGCCAUUGUGGCCAUGGUUGGCGAUGGAGUAAACGACGCACCAGCGCUGGCGCAGGCCGACGUCGGCGUAGCUAUCGGAUCAGGAUCAGACGUUGCCAUUUCGAGCGCCGGGUUCGUGCUUGUCAAGAGCGACCUUCGCAACGUGCUCACGCUGCUGGAGCUCUCAAAAGCAGUGUUCCGCCGCAUCAAGCUCAACUUUGGCUGGGCUCUGGUCUACAACGUCCUGGCCGUCCCUGCAGCUGCCGGAGUGCUUUACCCGGUCGUGGGUCCAGGGGGUGAGCACGUGCGGCUGGACCCGGUGUGGGCGGCGUUGGCCAUGGCCUUGAGCAGCAUCAGCGUCGUUAUGAGUUCGCUUUUGCUGCGAUCACGGCUGUGGAUUGUUGGAUUCAGGCCGAGCAUAGUGGAAGUGGUUGAGGAUGAGAGCCAGGCAGAGGAGCAGGUUGGUGAUGAUGACAGCAGUGAGAGAGUUGUGGUGAUCUCUUCUGAGAUUAAUGAUGAUAAAAUCUGA